CUGCAUGCAUGUCGGUCAUCUUUCCAGCUAGAAGAAGAAGAAGAAAAGGAGGACAUAUGACAUUAAUGGAGAUGAUUUAUAAUGUUAAGAAUGAAGAGAAGAUGGGAAAAAGGCAAAGAAUCUGCAACGUGUUAGAAGGAGGAAACAGAAACAUGAAGAGGAGAAGAAGAUCAAGUGAUCAUGAUAUUCAGCAGCAGCAGCAACAGGAGGUUCAAUUAACUCAUGAUCAAGUUCGUGUCGAUCCGUUAAUUCCUGCACCCACCACCGUUAAGAGAAGCUCCAGAUUUCGCGGAGUCAGUCGCCAUAGAUGGACUGGCCGCUAUGAAGCUCACUUGUGGGAUAAACUCUCGUGGAAUGUCACUCAGAGAAAGAAAGGGAAGCAAGUUUAUCUUGGCGCCUAUGAUGAAGAAGAAGCUGCGGCAAGAGCUUAUGAUUUGGCUGCACUUAAGUACUGGGGGCCAACCACUUUCACCAAUUUUCUGGUUUCCGAUUAUGAGGAUGAGCUUAGAUUCAUGCAAACUGUCACCAAAGAGGAGUAUUUAGCCUCUCUAAGAAGAAAGAGCAGCGGUUUCUCAAGAGGUGUAUCGAAAUAUAGGGGAGUCGCGAGGCAUCAUCAUAAUGGAAGAUGGGAAGCUAGAAUAGGGAGGGUCUUUGGCAACAAAUAUCUCUAUCUCGGCACUUAUAGUACACAGGAGGAGGCUGCACGUGCCUAUGAUAUCGCUGCAAUCGAGUACAGAGGAAUCAAUGCAGUCACAAACUUUGACUUGAGCACUUACAUCAGGUGGCUCAAGCCACCUUCUGGACAAACCAGUCCAAAUGCUUUUCAAGAACAGCUUCCAUUGGCCGCACCAUUUAUCAAAACUAGUAAUUACACAGACACUGAUCUAGAUUCUCCCCGAAAUCUUAACCCAUCCAAGAAGUUACCUUCUCCUUCUUCUCCAACUGCCCUUGGUCUUCUGCUUCGAUCCUCUGUUUUCAGGGACCUGGUGAGGAAGAACUCUAAUGUUUCCGAGGAAGAAAUUGAAGGGAAAGAUACAAAGAAAGAAGUUUUAAUUGUCAGUGACGAUGAAUUUGAUGGCAUCUUUUGCCAUGGAAUAACCGAUGAGGAUGAUGAUGAUCCAUUUCUGCUAUCUGUUUCAAGCGACAGCCAUGGCUUAGUGUUUCAGAGGCCUCUGCCCCAAUAUGGGUUCAGUGGCUAAUAUAGUAAUAUCAAUAAUAAGAA